AAGCAAGGUGAAUGCUAGUUGUCCUGGACUGAAAUUGAAAAAUAAUUGUUUUACACAAGAUAUAUAUAUGUACGUAUACAUAGGCUGUGGCUCUACAUCGGUACUCUCGCUGCAACAAAAGGGAUUCCCAACAUACGUAUAAAAAUUCAAUUAACUGGAUAUUAGCAUCCAUUGCCAAACCUCCGUCUUUAAUUGUGGUGCAGAUAUGGCUACCAGUGAUGACGAGCCAAUGCACUUGUAUGAAGUGUUUCAAAACUGUUUCAAUAAAAUAGCAAACAAACAACCAACGGGCACAGCCGGAACUGACCGUGGAGGUGGAGGGGGGUAUCACUCACCUUACGGAAACCUUGGAGUAGAAAAUGGCAUGUAUCCGAGUGAUUUUAACUCUAUCCAUGACGCCAAUGGAGGCAACAAUCGAUUUCCUAAUACGACAACGGUUGACCAGUAUUUUGAUUCAGCUGUUACGAGUAGCGGUGCAUGGUGUCCAUCCCAAAUGAGCAGUGGUAAUAAUUAUAUGGGACAAGCCUCUUAUCAAAAUACUGUUCCAUUGACUUGUCAUACUUUGGACCAACAAGUGCAUAAUGCGGACGGGUUGUCGAGUGGAACAAGUAUUGGAAUCAACAUGGGUAGCGAAAGUGGUCAUGCUAUGCAUUGUCCAGUGUCAACUUCUCUUCCGCCGAUGAGUUCUUUUAGAGCUAGUGCCGGUAGUUUGCCUAGCAUCAGCGGACAACCACCUGUCCAUCCACCAGCCAUAUUCAACUCACCACAGGCACACAAUCAAAGCCAAGUAGUACAAGCACAGCAUAGUUCGUUAUCCACGGCUGGGCCGCAUGGUCAUCAUUCGCUCAAUCACACUUCACAUUCUCAUGCCCAUUCCCAUCACAGUCAGCAAAACAGUCCUGCGGUGCAGAGUGCAGAUACAUUCACUGGAGUUAGUUCUGGAGUUAAUGUGAAAGUGGCUGGAGCUGGUAAUUCUUCGGCAACAUCAUUGAGGCAACAAAUGUAUUUACCAGCUAAUGUAGCUGAUCAAAGUAUUAGUAGUUUCGGUUCAAAUCCUUCUACGCCCGUAAAUUCACCACCCCCUUUGACCCAAUCCGUUGGGGAACCGUCUGUUACUGCUUCAGGAGGGUGGGGCCAUUCUGUGUUAAAUGGUGGCACAAAUUCGAGCUACGCGAACGACAUGGUUCCUGUAACUAGUUUACAUACAAUGGCUUCUGUAUUUCAAGGAGUACGCAUGGAAGAAAGAUUAGAUGAUGCACUCAACGUACUGCGAAAUCAUUGUGAGCCCGAAAUUAUACCAAACGUGGCAUCAAUUGACAAUAUAGAUGCAAUGUCUUCAUUUGUUCCCAAUUCACCUUCGCAUCUUUUAAACGUCACCACCGCAGGAAGUGGAAGCUCUUCUGUUACCAACACGUCCAAUACACUUGUUCAUGAAGUUCUGUCUAUGGGAGCUGCUGGAACAUCAGUUCAAACAGUUGGUGAAGAUGGAUUGGCGCAUUUAAAAACAGAUCGAAAUUCAUUAACAUCAACAACUAAACAAACAAAAAAACGGAAGGAACAUACAGUAACCAACACUAUAGCAGCAGUCUGCACCACCUCGAACCUGACUAGCUUAGAUGUUUCCGAUACAAAACCAACAAGCUCUAUAGAAUCAUUAAAUGCAACCCAAUUGCAACAACUUUCGCAGGGUUCAAAAUCAUCAAAAAGACCACGGCGAUACUGCUCCUCGGCGGAUGAUGAUGAUGACGCAGAACCAGCUGUUAAGGCGAUUCGAGAAAAAGAACGUCGUCAGGCCAACAACGCUCGCGAAAGAAUUCGCAUUCGAGAUAUCAAUGAGGCAUUGAAAGAAUUGGGUCGAAUGUGUAUGACACACCUAAAAUCAGAUAAACCACAAACUAAGUUGGGAAUUCUUAAUAUGGCUGUUGAAGUUAUUAUGACCCUGGAGCAACAGGUUCGCGAACGCAAUCUGAAUCCCAAGGCAGCAUGCCUUAAACGACGUGAGGAAGAAAAAGCCGAAGACGGCCCUAAGCUGAGUGGCCAGCAUCACAUGAUACCGCAGCCACCGAUUGGAGCGUCCGGCAGCAGCUAUCACAGCCAACCUACGCAGCUUGUGCCGCCGUCAUCACAGACUAUAAGUACCAUGACCAUAUCCUUACCUGUUAACAAUGCUACCAGCGUCCUACCACCACAUUUACAGCAGCAACAACAAACACAACUCGGACACGGUCAGCUUCCGCAAUAGCAUGCACUUAGAAACUCCUCUGAAAUCGCCCCUAUCUUCCAUAAAAACCCAAUGUAUUCAAGACUCUACCAAGUACUCAUUAACCUCGGAUUUCGAGCAUCAGAUUUAAAAAAAUAUAUUUUGUCGUUGUCCUCAAAAAAGGCAGUCUCAUGCAACAUAACUCUUUUAAAAUGUACAACACUUUUAACAAACAUCGCCUAAACGAUUAUCAAUAUGACCAGGUUUACUUAUUAAUAUGAUUGUAUAUAGCUAUUCCAUUAUUUUUUACCUGGGAAGAUAAUUUAUGUUUCUUAGAUAAUUUGAUUAAAUAAUUUGUUUUAAUUUUAUAUCUGUACGAUAUUACCGUAGCCAUAUUUUUUAUAUACAAAAACAGCAUACAUAACGACAUAAUUAACUGUAAGUAGUUAAAGAAAACUACAAUGUAAACACAUAGGCGUAUUUCUUUUUAUUUCCCAGAGCUACAGGAAUAAAUAUGUCAAUAUUAAUUUUUUACUGUGUUUGUGAUUAAAGAAAAAGUUUGAACGUAAGGGUAAUAAAAUAUGGAAGUAAUCGUUAGUUAAGAUUAGCUCAUAAUUGUUGUAUUGUAACUUAAGGCUUCAAAGAAAAUUUGUAAUAUGGUUAUCAAUUAUAUAGUUUUCUACUAUAGGGAACUGGAAUUUGCAAAUUA